ACCUAAGUUCUAUUGCGCAGCUUGUUCCGUCAAAAGUUGGAAAAAUGACGAGAGCCGGAAAAAAAAAAGUUGGAAGAAGAAUGAAGAGAACGAGUAUGUGCGAUCUUCCACCGAAGCUGGUAGGGGAGAAGAUCCUCACCAAGAUUCCCAUAACAUCUCUGAGAGCGGUGAGAUCCACUUGCAAAUUAUGGAAGACUUUAACCAAAGAUUGGGUUUUGGGUAAAGCGUCAGCGGCAAGGCAGCAGUUUUUAGGGUUCAUGACGAUGGAUUCAAAGGUUUGUUCAAUUAGAUUCCAUCUCUGCCGCAACAAGGACAAGGAAGACUUGAUUGAUCUAUCUAUAAAGCAGGUAGAUUUGCUUAAUCAAGUCGAGAUAUCUAAAGUGUAUCACUGCGACGGCUUGUUGUUAUGCGUGGCUAAGGACAACUCGAGGGUCGUGGUUUGGAACCCUUAUUUGGGGCAAACAAGAUGGAUCAGACCCAGAACAGAAUCCAACAUAGGAGACAGCUAUGCUCUUGGAUACGACAUCAACCGUAACCACAAAAUAUUGAGGAUGGUGCAAACAAGAAACGUUUCCGUUUCCAGGUACGAAAUCUACGACCUGCGCUCUAAUUCAUGGAGGGUUCUCGAGGUCACUCCCACCGGGGAAAUGGACCCUAAUCAUCGCCUAAAUACCUACUUUUUUGCGCAUGAGGAUAGUCACAGUGUUGAAACUGAUGAAGAUGGCGAGAUAACCGAUCUUGAAGAUUUCUUACUCUGUUUUGAUUUUACAACAGAGACAUUUGGUCUGCGUCUGCCUCUUCCGUUUCACUCUACUAUCGACGCGACUGUGACCCUCUCUAAUGUUAGAGACCAGCAGCUCGCGGUGCUAUAUCAUAAUGAGGGUCUUCACAGUGAUGAUCGGUUUACCACAGUUGAGUUUUGGGUUACUACUAGUAUUGAGCCCAACUCUGUGUCCUGGAGCAAGUUUUUAAUAGUGGAUAUGAGACCAAUCGCACUCGCUGGUGUUCUGUUUGACAAUUAUAUGGGUGCCACCUUCUUCAUUGACGAGGAAGAGAAAGUCGCUGCGGUUUUCGAUCUAGACGGAUACCUACGCACCGAGAGCGCUCGUUACCACACAGCUUUUAUCAGUGGAAAGGAUGGAUUCUUUAAACCUGUGACUCUUGGAGUAGCUCCCAAUGUCGGGAAACCUUGUCCCAGAACCGGGCAUAUUCCAACUACAUAUCGUCCCCCGCUUGUCUGCUCUUCUUCUUAUCUUCCGAGUUUAGUGCAAGUCAACCAACCGCGCAAAAGGAAAGAAAGAGAUGUUUAGUUUUGUUUCUUGCAGUUCUCAAGACUGCUAGUCAAUUCUCAGUUUCAUUUCCAUUGCGGCAUUUUUUCAUGUAUCUUUCUACCUUUUUAGUUACUCUUGUCAGACUUACUCUUGUCAUGGUUUAAGUUUCUUUCUUUUCGUCAAUGAGAUGUUAAGUGCCUUAUUUGUUUCUUGCAUUGUCCUCGUCUGCAGUCAAUUUAUCAAGUAAUUGUUCUAGUUACUUGUUCACAUGCAAGAUAACUAUAUAUACCAUAGCUGGGAAUUGCACCAUCCUCAAGCAAAUUAAGCAUGCCAUGAUUUUAAGUUUAGACCAAAAUAUGCAGUAAACAAUAUAAGUUGUCUGUUUCUGCUUUACUUAAAGGAAAGCCGCCAGUAUGAUAAUACGGAUGUGAUCUCUGACUAGAUCUUAUCUCAUGUAAUGUUAUGUUUCCAACACCAUUAUGCAAACAGCUAUCAGCCUUUUUGCAGCAAUGAAUUUGGCAUCAAAGUUACCUUGUUCCAUGGAAGAGGAGCUUCCUCCUUAUCUCGCCAUACAAUCCCAACCUUUAGGUUCUCAUCUGUGAGGGUGAGUUACUCUAUCUAUAUAGCGGCCAGAUAAUGGACGAUUUU